GCGUUAUGUUGGGGGGAAGACGGUAGCACUUGGGCCAAAACUGUCAGCACUUGGGCCACGCCUUCGGAACAGCCCAAGGGAUCGUGAUUAGGCAGCAAAUUUGGAUUCCGAUGGGCGGCAAUCCAACCCUUGUCUUGGCUUUUAUCCCUCUGCGCGAGCUAUGAAUCGAGAUUCCUGUGCAAUCUGGGUAUCCGAUCGAGCCCCGGUUUUUGGAGCAAAGCUGAUGGAUAAUGUGACGAUGUUGUCACCCUUCAAGAAGGAACAAGCGGAUGGGUAUCGGAUUGAGCCCCGGGCCGCUAAAGGCAAACAACAGAAUGGGCCGUUGUAUUUCCCGGUGGUCGCGAUAAUCUCUCUCGGAUCGCCUGCGAUGAUGCAUUUCACGCCGCAUUUGCGCCUUCUGGGUCACGGCCAGGAUCAGCCCGACAAUGGUAGCCGAUGCCGUGUGGACAUUGUUGAUGGCCGCGGUCAUCGCGGUACCUCGAGAACCGCAGACGAGUCUGUAAGCGGACUCGGUGGCAUGGGCUCUGCUCCCACAAUGCAUGUGGACGGUGUUUUACGGACAAGUUCACUUGAAAGUCCAGGAGCAUAUCGGGUUCAUGUGGACGAUGAUGCGAAAAAAACUCAAGCAGGGCGUAAUGGUGAAACCGGGAACAAAACAGGAGCACAGGGUGAUGAUAAGCGUAGUGACAGCAUGAAGCAGCAGGAGGACGUGGCGAGUCUGCACAGCAAAACUGCUCAGGCGUCAUCGGCGGUUGGUCUGCUGCCACGUAGCUUGCUUAUCUUUAAGGACGCAGCCUAUGAAGAGUACCUUCAUGGUAUUAUGGAAUGCUCAGCCGAUGUAGUCGACACCUCGGUGGUGAACACCCACCAUCUCCAUCCGGCAAUCACGUCAUCGGCGUCACGAAGCAGGAGCCUGAAAGGGGUCGGUCAAACGGAUAUGGGGUAUCGAGCUGACAUGGAACGAAGUACGGAAGCAGUGCCCGAGCAAUGUGUUGCGGAAGCCAUGCCUGCAGAAGCAGGGUCCAAUAUGCUGCUGGUGCGCACAGGGACGCGGAUUUCACUGACCUGCCGGUUAGUCGUAAAAGGGAUUCGGCGAAACAUCUUGCGACUUUGAGCGUUAAAUUUUGUUCUUGACGGACAUCUCUCGACAAAACAUACAUCUUUAUUUUUUAUUUUUUUUCUUGUUUCCCCCCCCCCCCCCUCCCGUAAAUGCAACCUGUUUACAGCAGGGUGUGGAUGGGGGGGGGGGUACCGUGCAGCUUGCCGGCCAGCAAGCUACUCAGACUCUCCUACAGAUAGUGAGAGGCACACAGAGACAAAGAGACGGUGAGAAAGAGACGUGAGUGGGUGUGAGUCUAUGGCGAGAGAGAGAGAGAGAGAGAGAGAGAGAGAGAGAGAGAGAGAGAGAGAGAGAGAAGAGAGAGAGAGAGAGAGACGGAGACAGAGAAACAGAGAAACAGACAGACAGACAGACAGAGUGUCGAACUGAGUCACAAUUUAUUCUGGUGAUAAAAUUGUGGGUGAACAUAGUCCAGACUCAGGUGCAGAUACAGGCGAUUCUCAGGCCACAAUUGGAAGGGUUGGGCAAGUCUUGGGCCAUGCAAUAAUGGCCAACCACUGCAAAUUUUAUGGCCUUGAAAUGACAAGUACCAUGCAAAUGGCAGGCGUUUGUUGCAAAUGGGCUGCCCUUCGAAUUGUUGUCACUGUUGCAAGUUGCUUGGUGCACUCUGAAAAAAUGGUGGUGGUGGCCUUGCUGAAACAAACUUUGAUGCACUCCUGCAAAUUCUCUGGCUGUUGCUGUGGCAGUGUGCGUGCCGCAUGGGUGUGCGGCAGAUGCACAUGCAUGCCAGAACUAUUUGCAUAGAUAAUCCUCAGGGUGAAUGUCCUACCCGCUCGUGAAUGUCCCAACAGCUCGCUCACUCCUGCGCUUGCUUGUAUUCGUGUGUGUGUGUGUGUGUGUGUGUGUGUGUGUGUGUGUGUGUGUGUGUGUGUGUGUGUGUUCCUGCCUGCUUGUCUGCAUGGUGUGCUUGCUUGUGUAGUUUUUUGUACCUGCGUCCCGCGGUUGCUUGUGUGCCUGGGUCCCCCUCCCUGCCUGCGUGGCUGUCUGCGGGCUUGUGUACGUAUGUACCGUCGCUGUGCCAGCCAGC